AUGCACCUCUUUGUUCGAGAUCAAACCAAUCAGCCGCGAAAUCUGAAUUACGAGAAAGACAUCGUUUACGUGACCAAGCAUAAUAAAUGGAUUUUGAAUUCCAUCGGUAUAUGGCCAACCGUAUUAAAAGGCAUCGAUGAAUAUUUACCAAAAAUUGCAAUUGCGCUCAGUAAUUUAGUGCUAUCUUUCACCGUGAUUCAAUGUGUUCUACACAUAUUAUUGGAGCAAAAGGAUCCGAUACUAAGACUGAAAAUUCUCGGUUUAACUUUCUUUUCUUUUAUCUCAUUGAUGAAGUAUUGGGUUUUAACGAUGCGCAAACCGAAAAUCAAACUCUGCAUAGAACAGAUACAACACGAUUGGAAACAGGUAGAAUUCGAAAGGGAUCGAAAAUUGAUGUUAAAAUACGGAAUAAUAGGCCGAAAUUUGAGCAUGUACAGUAUUGUUUUUAUGUACAGCGGUGGUAUAAUUUAUCACACGGUUAUGCAUUACAAGCUCGGAUCAUAUGUUGAUGAAUAUAAUCGUACGAUUAAACUGUUGAUAUAUCCUACAUAUAGUCGUCUUUACGACGUUCAAAAAAGUCCUGUUUACGAAUUAGUUUAUAUUCUCCAAUGCAUCUGUGGAUACAUGUUCGAUGCUGUAACAGUUGGUGCAUGUGGCUUGGCUGCACUUUUUGCAACGCAUAUUUGUGGACAGAUUGAUAUCGUUAUGGCCAAAUUAGAGGAUUUGGUCGAUGGAAAAUUUUCGAAAGAAAAUUCAAAUCCGAACAUACGACUGGUAGAAAUUAUCGAGCAUCACAUAAAAAUUUUAAGAUUUUCAGCAAUGGUUGAGACAGUACUGCAAGAAGUGUGCUUUUUAGAAUUCAUUGGUUCCACUUUUGUAAUAUGCUUGCUUGAAUAUUAUUGCAUUACGGAUUGGCAACAAAAUAAUACAAUUGGUCUAACAACAUAUUCGUUGUUACUCAUAUCUUUGGUAUUUAAUAUAUUUUUAUUAUGUUACAUUGGUAAUCUUCUGAUAGAAAAGAGUAGUAAUAUUGGAAUAGUAUGUUGCAUGAUCGAUUGGUAUCAAUUACCAAUCAAGACAAUUCAAGGCCUCAUCUUAAUGAUCGCCAUGUCGAAUAGCCCAGCGAAAAUUAGCGCUGCUGGAAUAGCUGAUUUAUCUUUAUCCACUUUUGGAAGUGUUUUAAAAACAUCAUUUGCAUAUUUAAAUUUCAUCCGAACUACUAUCAUGUAA